AUGUCUCCCCCACCUACACUAACACUCAACACCACCUCCGCGCACCUCCUCUCCCUCCUCUUCAGCCUAACCUACGUAGGAUCCCUCUACAUCUCCAAACACUCUCGUCUCUCCUUUUCUUCCUCUGCCACCACCACCACCAACAAAGGGGACCGAGCAAGAGCAAGAGAAAAAGAACACUCCGAAAGAUGGCGAGACGACCCCGACGUCAUACGUGCCCGUCUCUUCGCCGUAUGCCUUGCCACCACGCUCUGUUGUACAAUUUUUGGGGGGGUUGUGUGGUGUGGACUUGGGUUCUCAUGGGGGGAACUCCCAAGCGCCCUAUCCCAAACCCUCCUCCUCCUCGGGUUCUCCCUACCCAUUUCUUCAGGAGAAAUCUUGCCGCACCUAAUAACACCAACCCUCUUCCUCGGACCCCUCUUCUCAGGCUACCUAGGCGGUCAACUCCCCUUUCAAAGGAACUGGGUGUGGGAGAACCAUGUUACCAGGAGGUUUUGUACGCUUGUUGGGGUUAGGAAUUAUGUCGUUGCCCCAAUAACAGAAGAAAUCGUAUUCAGAGCAUGCAUCUUAUCAAUCUACCACCUCUCCGGCGCGUCGACGCUCAAGAUGAUCUUUUUGGCGCCGUUGGCUUUUGGGUUGGCACACGUCCACCACGCAUGGGACACCUACAACCGCUACGGCCGCACGCCCUCCGCAGCCAAACGCGCCCUAUUCACAUCCCUAUUCCAACUAACAUACACCUCCCUCUUCGGCUUCCACACCUCCUUUCUCUUCCUCCGCACCGGGUCCAUCCUUCCGCCCAUCAGCGCUCAUAUAUUUUGUAAUGUGAUGGGGGUGCCGGAUUUGGGGUGGGAGUUGGGUGUGUUUAGGAAUAGGAGGGGGGCUAUUAUAUCGGCUUAUGUGGCUGGUGUAGUUGGGUUUGUGCUGCAGCGAUAG